GCGGCGCGAGAGGAGGAGGAGGAAGAGGAGGCGGAGGCGGCUGGGGCCGCCGAGGGGUGCACGAGCUCCACCAGCGCAGGGAGCUGCGCGGAGGCCUCCGAGGACCUGUCCACGGCCUCCGGCAGCGCCCCCUCGGCCUCGCCGCGCCGCGCGCCGGGCAGCGCGGGCAGGGCGGCGGCCAGGCAGGGCCACGACGAGGGCGCCGAGGCCCAGGAGGAGGGCGCCGAAGUCCCCAGCGGCCCUGGCCCGCUGGAGGGCCAGCGCGCGGUGCAGCGCCCGCGGUCGAGGUACUUCGUGCCGUCCCUCGACGUCAUCAGCGAGAAGCUCGGGCUCUCGCCCGACGUCGCGGGGGCCACCUUCAUGGCCGCGGGCGGGUCGGCCCCCGAGUUCUUCACGCCAGCCUCUCGGCAGCCGCGACAGCGCCGGCGGCGGGAGCGGAUCGGGGGGCCUGGCCUGGGGCCGCAGGGCGCCUGGCCAGGCGCCCUGCGGGCUGUGACAUGUUGCGGUGAGGGUGCCUUCGAGUUGCCAGCCGACGGCGAAGACGAGAUGCAGCAGCGUAAGGAUGCCCUCAGUACUCAGCAGUCCCUGACCUGGACCGAAAGGGACACGAACCCCUGCUGGCCGCACCUGGCCGCCUCCGCACUGCCAGACCACGAUUGGAAAUGUUUGAAGCGGCGUCUGCAUAUGAGCAACCCCGCGCAGGAGUCAGUGCACCUUGGCGCGGUAGGGUACAUGGGUGACGUUGUCCAGCCGUUGUUUGGUUCCGGCGUGCGAGGCCGCACCACGCUGACGUUCCGGCUGGUCGCCCGGUUCGCGUGGCUGUCGGCGCGCGGCGCCGAGCGGGAUGGCGCCGCGCUGCGCGGUGACGCGCGAGUGCGCGCGGGCGCCCCUGCGGCGGCGUUGCCAGCUACCGCCCCGCAGCCGCCGCGCUGGGGGGGAGGGGGGCUGCGCGAGAAGACGUCGGCUGCGGCCGCGUGGUUCGCGCUGGGGUCGGCGCUCCGCGCCAGGGCGCACGAGAGCGCGAGCGCGCGCGGGGGCGCCCUCGCGGGGCGCCAGGGUGCGCCGCGCGCGGGCGGGCGCGCGGGAGGGGGCGCCCUCGGGGCGCGCCAGAACGCCGCGCGCGCGGGGGCGCGCGGGGGCGGCCCCGCGCCAGAGAGCGCCCCAGAAGUUCGCGGCGUGUACGCGGGCGCGCACGGGAGUUCCUUCGGGGAGAUGAUGUACGCGGCGCCCGCGGAGCCGCUGCGCAUGAACAUCUCCCCGGAGAUGUUCCAGAAGCUCAUGGCCGGGCAUCCCGUGACUGAGGAGGAGAUCCACGCGGACGCCGCGGCCAUGGGCGGGGCGGCGGCGCCCGUCGUGGAGGCGGCCACGGCGGCGGUCGACGCCGCCGCCGACGCGGUGGGCGCGAAGAAGAAGUCCAAGAAGGAGAAGAAGAGCAAGGACGGGAGCAAGAAGGUCAAGACCAAGUCCGGGAAGAAGAAGGGCUGCUGCUGAGCGCCGGCGGUGGCCGUUUGCCCCGUGGGGGCUUUUGAUUUAUCGCCUACGUUACCCGACGCUGCCGUUUGCCGCCCCAUCCGCAGACCUCCGACGUCGUGAUUCUGUUGACGACGCGGCCACCCGAGGCUGUCGACCCCAUCCUGCGCCAGGACCGGCUUCCCCUCGCGGGUCUCUGUUGGAUGGCCUGCGGGGCCCGGGGGAACGGCCCCCGAGGGGGUGGGGUUGUCCAAGUGCCGGGGAAGCCAGCCAUCGUCGAUUUUGUCUCAGCGGCGCUGGAUGUCUGGGGGUCCAUUGUACGCGCUCCACCCGGGAGCCAAAGCGUCUGCCAAAGAGCCGU